AUGUUCAAAGUCAGACGGUCGGUUUUUAGAGUUUCUUCACUAUGUCAGACAUUCGCUGUUCGGAGUAAUUGCACUGCACCCGUGACUGUCUAUGACUCCUCUUUUAAUCACUACCUACUUCGUAUGCCUAAAGCUCUUCCUCUUCGUAUUCAAAACGAUAUCAAAUCCGCUAUUGCAGCUGGCAGAGAAUCUUCAGACAUUGCUCAGGAACUCGGAAUAACGUAUGCUACUGUUAACAAGUACGCAAACAAGUUUUUUCCCAACAGAGAAAAAUCCAAAGGAGGUCGCUGUGGUAUUUGGACUAAUAAAUGGCAUACCAAUAAGCUAUUACACAUAAAUAAUAAUGAAGUAAUCCAAUUAGAAUCAAGAUAG